AUGGAGGAAUAUAGAAAUCAGCUUGCUGAUUGGGAACAAUAUUUCUGUAGAAAGUAUGGCCGAAAACCACUCCCCGCAGAUAUUGAUAAACGGCCUCGAGUUGCUGCGACAUAUCGACGAUAUCAGGAACUGAAAAACCGAGUCAAUGGAUCAAAUAAUGCUCAAAUAUCAGACACAUCUACUAACCAUUUCAAGCAGCUACGUCCACUUCGUUCAAUCUCUGAAUUGGAUUCAAUCAACUCGAGAUGCACUUCCAGCUCAAAUUCUCAAAUCAAGCCUGUCGUUCCAACUACAUCGUUGGACCACUCCUCUAAGCAUUGCGCCAAGUCUCCGAUUCAUUUUAUCAAGUCUCCAUUUGGAAGCAAAGUGGAUAGGAUUGCAUAUGAACGGAUGUAUUCAGAAAAUCAAAAACCAAAAGAUACAAUUAUACAUUCUGGUCCAGCAGAAUCCACGUUUGGACUAGCGUCUAAUAUUAACGUAUCUAUCGAUGGGAUCCAAAAAGAUUCCGUAUUCAAAACACCUACAAAACCUAGAUCCAAUUCCAAUUCCAAAUCAGCAUCAAAUACUAGCCCUUUGUUCAAGAGCCCAUUAAGUGCUAGCAGGCACAACCAUAGCAAAUCUCCAUUUCUCCUCUCCUCAACAAAGUCUAAUGGGUUGGGAGCCACGUUUGUAAAAGAUGAUAUGGACGAAGAGUGGAUCGGCCCAUCCCCUGCAAAGACUAAUCGAACUGGUCAAACAUCAUUGAUGGAAUCUUUGUUUGUUACAGGUUUUGAAGAGAAGCUUGAGAAAUCUUCAAAAAAGAGUAUUUCUAGUGGAGGAUCUAAUUUGUUUUUGGAUCGCUUGAGUGCUGUCAAGUCACCUAAAAAGGGUUUAACCAGUGUGAGUAAAUCAAUGUUGCAUACUAGCGCAUCCACUACUUCAAAGCGGCUGCCUCGACGCACACAAUCCGAGUCCAUUUUGAAAAAGAUGCCUGCAUUCUUCAAAAACACUUCACUUGCUAAUUUCGAUAUCAACAGCCAAGUUUCAAAAACUGUAUUACCAAAUACAGUUUUUACCGCUCCUACGUCAGAUCCAUCCCUACCGACAAGCAUUGAUGAUAUCAACACCCCAUUUGGCACAUUCCUGAAUAAAGAUCAUCAAAACACCAACCACCAAGCUGGAGAACAUAUUGAAGACAAGAAAGACUUGCCGAGUCUACCAGACAGGAAUCAAGUUUUAAAUAGUAGCACGGAUAUAGCUAAAAAUGACAAGUACAAGAUUCAAAGCAUGUUUUCUAAUGGCACUCGAUCAUCUAGAUGGCAUUUACAAAGUUCUUUACCAAAGCCUACAAAGGGAUUUGUAUCAGUUCAUUCUACAUCAUCCAUUCCCAUUUAUCCAAAGGAGCAACCGGCACUUUCAUGUUCAAAACCAUAUUUUUCUCAUGACGAAAAUGAUGACAGCGAUAGCAGUGUUGACUUUGGAUCAAAUUGUGUAGUUACUUGCCCAAACAAAUUUAUCAAUGCCAGAUCACUGAAAAGACAAACAUCCAAAACAUUGCUUCUUACAAGCAAUUACCGCGAGUUUCUUAGUUUGAAAGAACAGCAGGCGCUUGCAGAUGUCAUUCGUGAUGUAGAUCAGAUAGUUACUACUAUACCUGGCCCGUCCACCAUGAGUGAACUCACAGUAUCAAAUCAGGCAAUUUCAGAUUGUCACGACACUUUUACCGGAAUGGGAAUUACUUUCGACACAUUCAAAACAGCAUUGACGCCAUCAAAUGUGAUGGUAGUCAAGCAUGAUAAUUUUUUGUCGAUCCAAAAUGAGAGUCUCGCCACCAAUUUCGACACGGAAUCCAGCCGUUGCAUACCUACUCUUAAAAAAGAACCUCGGCUAGAAACUAUGAACAUUGAGAGUGUCGACAUUGAAAGUACAAAAGGAAAAUCAAGAGCAGUGGAUAAUGAGGUAGAUUCUGCACUUGUGCCAAGGGCAAAAAAGAGUCGAAUAACAAAAUCCAAGUCGGCUACUGAGUCUAUGCCAUCUCAAGAAAAAACAAGAAAAACUGGCACAGGAGUAGUCAAUUCAAACUAUCGUGCUUUAAAACUUGGCAAAAAGCCUGUCAAUGGUAGUUCUGGUAGAAAGUUUGGACAUAGAACUGGCAGCAAGAGAGUAAUCAACGACCCCGAUCGAAGUCGCGAGAUCAAUACAUUUGGCGAGAUUGAAGAACUUGAUAAAAAAUCUAAAAUGACCGAUGCAAUUGUAGAUGAAGCACCAGUUAAUAUACCCAUAGAUUUUAUUUACACAUCAGCUACUGCUACACCAUCAUGUGUUCCUGUUUACCACAAAAAUGGUGGCAAUUUGGUCUAUGUCGAUCUGAACCUUGCACUUCAACGAUUGUGUGGUCUCGAUAGUUUUCGAGAGGGUCAAUACGAAGCAAUAGCUCGAAUUCUAUCAGGAAAAAGCACGUUGGUAGUUUUACCUACUGGUGGCGGCAAAUCACUAUGCUACCAGCUCCCAGCAUUCAUUAUUCGCCAUAUUCCUCAAGCUCAGCCGUCUCUUAUCCUCAUUGUUUCCCCAACUAUUUCAUUGAUGCGAGAUCAGAUGCGUUGCCUGCCAGCUGGAAUCCGUGCUGCUUGUCUUUCAAGCGGUCACCAAUCAGCAUCAGUCACUCGAGAAAUUUAUAAAAAGCUUGAAUUCAAUGAAUUAGAUAUUAUUUUUGUUGCUCCAGAAAGACUGCAAAGCGCAUCAUUUGUUGAGCUUAUCCAAACAGGGAAAAUCAUGCCUAUUCAAAUUGCAUAUAUUGAUGAAGCGCAUUGCCUUUCUGAGUGGUCUCACAACUUUAGGCCUUCAUAUUUGCAUCUGCACAAUAUUCUAAAGAAAACGCUCGGUGUUGAGUGCUUUGUCGCAUUGUCAGCUACAGCCACGCUUCCAACACGACGAUCCAUAUGUGGCAUGCUAAAUAUUGACCAAGAAAAUGGCUGUAUUGUGUCUCCUUCCAUUAUUCGAAACAAUUUAAAUGUGUCUGUAACUCCUGUAUCGGCUGAUGAUAGUCGUGAUGCCACUUUGGUUGAUAUGCUGCGCACUCUUCCAUAUCGCAAUCUUGAAUCAAUUAUUGUUUAUACCAUGUUUCAGGCAAGUCACUUGAUACCAGAUUUUUGGUCUGUGACAGCACAAGCAGAUCGAGUUGCACAGUAUCUCCGUGUACGAGACUUUGAUGCUGAUGCCUAUCAUGCUGGAAAAACACCUGAGCAACGUGAAUACGUUCAAUCUCGCUUUCAGCAUGGUCGACUUCGCAUUAUUGUAGCAACCGUUGCAUUUGGUCUAGGCAUCAACAAGCAAAAUGUCAGGAGUGUGAUUCAUUACUCUAUGCCCAGAAGCAUCGAGGACUAUAUGCAGGAGAUUGGACGAUCGGGCCGCAAUGGAGAGCCAGCCUAUUGUAAUUUGUUUUUAGUACAGGAGGAUUAUGUCAAACAUCGUAGUUUUGUGUUUUCAGACGGCGUAGAUGAGGCAGGAAUAUGGCGUUUGUUGAAAGUCCUGUUUCCACCCGUCAAGUCGGGAAAACCCGGUGCUGGAUGUCGUGACAAUAGAGCUGGUUCUGCAAAUGUUAAAGCUAAUGACUCUAUUCGUCUGAUUCUGCCUAUUCAGAAUCUGGAAUCCCAACUAGAUAUACGCGAAAGUGUCAUUUCCACAAUGCUAAGCUACAUUGAGUUGAGCGACACUGAUAACCCACCCAUCAAGGUGUUUCCUACUUUGAGUUCCACAUAUACCUUGUUUUGCAGCAAAGCAAAGUUGGAAACACUUGCCGAAUCUUCUGAUGUGAUUCGGUGGGCAAGAGUGCAUGGUUCCACAAUUAAAUACGGUUUAGAAUUUGAUACCCUCAAGGUUGCCGAGUCUGCAGGUGUUGAACCGUCAACAGUUGCCACAGAAUUGUGGAAAUAUCAGGCAUCCAAGGAACUUAAAUUUAACAGUGGCGACAAAGCAUUCAAUAUUCUAGUUAAUAGAGCUUGGACAGAUGCUAAUGAGAAACAGGCUUUUCUCGAUGGUUUAUGCGAUAGUUUAUUUAAAAAAAUGUCAGCAAUUGAAUCUGCAAGUGCGUGGAAAUUGGAUUAUCUAUACGAGACACUAUAUGCUGCCAUAAGGGAUCCACUGGAUAUGGACACGUCUUUACCGUCUAAUAGCAUAACCAACGAAUCCGAAUCAGCAGCUAAUACAUUAGCUGAAAGUUUACCAAUUGCUCAGCAAACAUUGAUGAAUAGCAUCAUGCUCUACUUCCAGUUGCCAGAGAUAGGCAAAGAUCAAUUGGAAGGAGAUAAAUGGGGCUUUAGAGACCCAGAACUUAUUGAAAAACAGAAAUUAGCAAAAAUAAAUGUGGAGAUUUCCAUCAAAUCGUUUGUCAAGGCACAUUUAAGCGAGGUUACAUCAGGUCGAGCUGUUGCGCGUAUCUUUCAUGGUCUCUCUAGUCCAAAGUAUCCAGCAAAAAUAUGGUUAUCCAACAAGCACUGGAAUUCGCACCCGUAUUACAACUUUAAAGAUCUUGCUAGACUUGCUAGUAAAGCCAUGCAAAAUCGGUAA